AUGACUAGUAUUCAGCCUCUGCAACAAAAAUCAGAGUCUAGAGAUGAUGUUCGUGCCGAAUUUGAGCGAGGUUUGGAGGAAUUUAUGCGUGGGCAUUUGGAUGAAUGCAUUUCCUUUGGGUCUUGUAGUUCUGUUCAUAACCCAGAAGAUGAGGACGAUGAGGAUGAUCAGCUUGUGAGGAGGAGACGAAGGUCUGAUCUUGAAGGUGAAAAUUUGGCUGAGUCAUCGAGAAGGCGUCAAUCGCAAAUUUUAAGCCGAUGGGCUGCUAGACAGGCUCAGGAGAUGAUUACUACUAUUGAGAGGAGGAACCGUGAGUCGGAGUUGAUUGCGUUGGCUGGUUUGCAAACCGUCUCUAUGCUCGAUUCGUCUUUCCUUAGGGAGUCUCAGUCUCCGUCUUCGAGGCGUCAGGGUGUUGCUAGCGAGAGGCCUAAUACUCAAGCAUCUGGGAUUUUGCAGAUGUGGAGAGAGUUGGAAGAUGAGCAUGUGCUUAACAGGGCGCGCGAAAGGGUGAGGGAAAGAUUGAGGCAGCAAAGGAGUGUUGAGUCUAAUACUAAUUUGUCUAGCUCUAUUGCAACGGAGAGUCAGGUGAGUGAAAACAACGAGAGUUUGAGGGACUCGAGUGAGAGUGAGAAUGAUUACGGGGCUUGGUCACAUGAUCGGAAUGAGAACGGGGAUAAUAAUACGUCCAGUAGGGAACAGUCUCCUGAUCUUGGCGAUGGCGAGAGGGAGAGGGUGAGGCAUAUUGUCCGUGGAUGGAUGGAGAGUGGGAUUAAUGAUCAUUCGUCUAAUGUAAGACAGAGAGACAAUAACCGUAGAGCUGAGUGGCUGGGUGAUAAUGAACGGGAAAGAGUUAGGAUUAUAAGGGAGUGGAUGCAAAUGACAAGUCAGCAGAGAGGAGGAGCUCGUGCAACACCGAGAGAAGAUCAGAGGUCUCUUACUUCAGAAGUUGAUAGAAAUCAUGACAGUGCACAAGUUGACAGGGUCCGUGUAGGGGCAGCUGUUAACCAUGAAGAAGGGCAACCGCAGCAUGUUCGUCGAGACUUGCGGAGACUAAGAGGAAGGCAGGCGUUACUUGAUUUGCUCAUGAGGGCUGAAAGAGAGAGACAACGGGAACUUCAGGGCUUGCUGGAGCAUCGUGCAGUGUCUGAUUUUGCUCACCGUAACCGGAUUCAGUCGCUUCUUAGAGGAAGAUUCUUGCGGAACGAGAGACCUGCAGCAGAUCAAGAGAGAACUCCAUCAACGGCUGCAAGGGAACUUCUUCAGCUAAGAGAAAGACAAACUGUCUCUGGUUUGAGGGAAGGGUUCCAUAACGGAAGGGAAAGUACUGUCGGUGAAGAUAGUAGCAAUACUGAUAGCGAUAACAGCAAUAACUCCCCAAAUGCUCUAGCAAUUGCUAUCACUGCUGAGAAUUCUCAGCGUAUAACCGAGGAGAAUUCAACUUCUUCUAGACAAGGGAAUAAUAGUUCCCUUUUGCAUGAUGACUCGGGGAGGUCAGAAAGCAACCUAGCAAAUGCAGCAGAUACAGAUUUGGAAGAAGAUACCAACCAAAGAAGGGUUUGGCAGGAAGAUGUCACAGCAGAUGAGAGACUAAAUUUGCAGGAAACAACGUUGACCCAAUCUAAUGGGUGGGAAAGUGGUAACACAGCUAUAAACGGGGAUGAAACCUCGGUCAGUGACAUGCACCGAGAAGCCAUUGGAAUUACAGAUGUUGAAGAUCACACACAAGAAGGUCGUGGUGUUUGGCAUGAGGAUAGCUCUAGACAACCUGAUGGGAACUGGCCUGAAACACGUUCAGAAGCCCCAAGGAGUCGUCGUGUAGUACCGUUGAGAAGAUUAAAUAGGUUCCAUCCACCUGAGGAUGACAACGUCUACAGCAUGGAACUCAGAGAGCUCUUAAGCAGGAGAAGUGUUUCUAAUCUACUACAUAGUGGUUUCCGUGAAAGUCUGGAUCAACUGAUUCAAUCGUAUGCUGAAAGGAGAGGACAUACUCAUGUAGACUGGGAUCUGCACGGUAACCUGCAAACGGCAAUCCCAGAUUCUCUAGAACGUGACACAGACCACCAAGUAUUUCUCCAGAACGAUACCCAGCUUAAUGGCAUCAAUGGUCCGCAACUGCUUCCCACUCCACCGAUGCCACCACCCCAGCCAAUAUGGCAUCAAGAUUUGCACCACACUAGCUGGUCACGUCACUCUAUGCAUCGGUCUGAAAUUGAAUGGGAGGUAAUGAACGACCUAAGAGGAGACGUGGCGAGACUGCAGCAAGGGAUGAGCCAGAUGCAGAGGAUGCUCGAAGCCUGCAUGGAUAUGCAGUUAGAGCUGCAGCGUUCAGUUAGACAAGAGGUCUCUGCAGCCUUGAACCGAUCUGCAGGUGACCGAGGUAUGAGCCCGGAAACAUCAGAGGAUGGAUCAAGAUGGAGUCAUGUAAGUAAAGGGACUUGUUGCGUUUGCUGUGACAACCACAUUGAUGCUCUCUUGUAUAGAUGUGGGCACAUGUGUACUUGCUCAAAAUGUGCGAAUGAGCUAGUAAGGAAUGGAGGUAAAUGUCCGCUUUGUAGAGCACCGAUCAUCGAGGUAAUCCGAGCCUACUCCAUUUUAUAA